CCCGAAGCCCCACCGCGGGUCCCCCGGCGCAGUGACGUCCCGCUUGCCAGUGACCCUGAUGGCGGCCCCGGCGGCGAGGGGGGAGGCCCGGCGGGCGAGCGGCUUCCCCGGCGCGGCUGCUGGUGAUGUGAUAAGUGUGGCCAAGCUCAUCUCUGCCUAGGAGCCAUCCUCCCCUGAGCAGCAAUCCCCUUCUGCUGCACAUGCUGACAGAACCACAUAGCCGUGGAGCUUGAGAAGUGGCAGAUCCCUGUCUCACCCCCUUUAAAGUGGAAUCCAUCUUCCUUUCCAUAGUGAAGAACUUGGACACAUACAUGCUGAUAAGGGAACAAAUUAACCUGGAUGAGAUGACUUCAAGUUUGGGCCUCACCACAAAGAAAGCCCUCACCAUCCUGAGAGACCAGUUGUCAGCACUGCUGGAGGGGCAUCAAAAGGAACGGAAGAAAGUGGCUUCAUGGAAGGAGGUGUGGAGGAGCAGUUUUCUGUACCAUGGUAACCGUUGCUCCUGUUUUCACUGGCCUGGUGCAUCUCUGAUGCUUCUGGCAGUGCUGCUGCUGCUGUGCUGCUAUGGGAGCCAGCCACAGGGGAGCCAAGGGGCUGAGAUAGUCAAUGCAUUGGCACUCUUCCUCCUCCUCCUCUUGGAUCUCUUCAUAAUCGGGCGUCAGGAGAGGCUGAAGUGCAGAGAGGUGGAGAGGAGACUUCAGACAAUCAUUGAGAAGAUAAAUGAUACACUUGGUAAAGAGGUGAAAUGGCCAGACUCCAUGUACCCUGACCUCCACAUGCCUUAUGCCCCAUCCUGGUCCCUCCACUGGGCCUACAGGGAUGGUCAUCUUGUCAACCUGCCUGUGAGCCUGUUAGUAGAAGGAGAUGUUGUUGCCUUGAGGCCAGGCCAAGAGUCAUUUGCUUCUUUAAGAGGGAUUAAGGAUGAUGAGCACAUAGUUCUGGAGCCAGGAGAUCUCUUUCCACCUUUCUCACCUCCACCGUCGCCAAGGGGAGAAGUGAAGAAGGGACCUCAGAACCCUCAGCUGUAUCGUCUCUUCCGUGUCUUGAAGACACCAAUAAUAGAUAAUGUCAGGUGGUGUCUGGAAAUGGCUUUGUCACGUCCUGUGACAGCCCUGGAUAAUGAGAGAUUCACUGUACAGUCAGUGAUGCUGAAAUACGCUGUCCCUAUUGUACUGGCUGGCUUCCUGAUCACCAAUGCUGUGCGCUUCAUUUUCAAAGCUCCUGGAAUUGCUUCUUGGCAGUACAGUCUUCUUCAGCUACAGGUGAAUGGUGUCCUACCCAUCCUUCCGUUGCUCUUUCCUGUCCUGUGGAUUCUUGCCACAGCCUUUGGAGAAGCCAGAGUGUUGGCCCAGAUGAGCAAAGCCUCAUCCACCUCACUGCUUGCUAAGUUUUCAGAGGACACUCUCAGCAGCUACACAGAGAUGGUAUCUUCUCAGGAAAUGAUACGCUGUAUCUGGAGCCACUUCCUCUGUGUUUUAAAAGGCAAAUCCCCAACUCUGAGCUUCACUUCCAGCUUGCUCCAUAGUCUGGGAUCUGUCACUGUGCUCUGCUGUGUAGACAAGCAGGGAAUUCUUUCCUGGCCAAACCCCAGCCCAGAGACUGUUCUGUUCUUCAGUGGGAAGGUGGAACCACCUCAUGAUAGCCAUGAAGAUCUGACUGAUGAGCUCUCUACACGGUCUUUCUGCCAUCCUGAGAUGGAAGAUGAGCCCCAUGAAAGAGAUGCUUUGCUCUCUGGCCCUCUGGCAGACACAGUCCAUAUAGCCAACGAGCAAGAGAGAAACAACUGGUCUAGUGACCCUCCAAAGGCUCCUGAUGCCCAUACCCACCGAAAGCCAAGCAGAAGCAAGCAUCCCUCUGGGUCCAAUGUGAGUUUUAGCAAAGACACAGAAGGUGGAGAAGAGGAACAUGCACAGGUUGUUGGUGACAGUGAGACGAUGACUUGUGAGGCUGAAGACUUUGUGUGUGACUACCACCUUGAGAUGCUUAGCCUGUCCCAAGACCAGCAGAACCCCUCCUGCAUCCAGUUUGAUGAUUCCAACUGGCAUAUGCACUUGAAUUCCCUCAAGCCUCUGGGUCUGAAUGUGCUGCUCAACCUCUGCAAUGCCAGUGUGACAGAGCGUCUGUGCCGCUUCUCUGACCACCUCUGCAACAUUGCCCUCCAGGAAACUCACAAUGCUGUGCUGCCUGUCCAUGUGCCUUGGGGCCUCUGUGAGCUUGCCAGGCUGAUAGGUUUCACACCAGGUGCUAAAGACCUUUUCAAGCAGGAGAACUAUUUGGCCUUGUACCGCUUGCCAAGUGAUGAGAUGGUCAAGGAAACAAUCCUGGGGAAGCUUUCGUCCAUCACCAAGAGGAGACCACCCCUGAGCCACAUGAUUAACCUUUUUGUGAAGGACACCACUACCAGCACGGAGCAGAUGUUUUCCCAUGGGACAGCUGACCUCAUCCUUGAGGCCUGCACAGACUUUUGGGAUGGUACUGACAUCUACCCGCUCUCUGGCUCUGACAGGAAGAAGGUGUUGGAUUUCUACCAGCGCGCUUGCCUCUCAGGAUACUGUUCUGCCUUUGCAUACAAGCCAAUGCAUUGUGCCUUGUCCUCCCAGCUCAAUGGCAAGUGCAUAGAACUGGUGCAGGUCCCUGGGCAGAAUGCGAUCUUCACGUGCUGUGAUCUCCCUGGGACAACCCCCAUCAAGCAGAGCAGUCGGAGGAAUAGCUGGAGCUCAGAUGAAGGGAUUGGGGAAGUGAUGGAGAAGGAAGACUGUAUCCAGGCUCUGAGCGGACAGAUCUUCAUGGGAAUGGUCUCAUCUCAGUAUCAGGCCCGGCUUGACAUUGUCCGCCUCAUUGAUGGAUUGGUCAAUGCCUGCAUCCGUUUUGUCUACUUCUCCCUAGAAGAUGAGCUCAAAAGCAAGGUGUUUGCUGAGAAGAUGGGUCUGGAGACUGGCUGGAAUUGCCACAUCUCUUUAACACCUAAUGGUGAUGUGCCUGGCUCAGAGAUCCCUCCCUCUAGCCCCAGCCAUGCUGGCUCUCUGCACGAUGACCUACACCAGGUUUCUCGAGAUGAUGUGGAGGGGCUUCUGCUGAUGGAAGAGGAGGGGCACUCGGAUCUCAUCAGCUUCCAGCCAACAGACAGUGAUAUCCCCAGCUUCCUGGAGGACUGUAACAGGGCCAAACUUCCUCGGGGGAUCCACCAGGUGAGACCUCACCUGCAGAACAUAGACAAUGUGCCUUUGCUGGUGCCCCUCUUCACAGACUGCACUCCAGAGACCAUGUGUGAGAUGAUCAAGAUCAUGCAGGAGUAUGGGGAGGUAACUUGCUGCCUGGGAAGCUCUGCCAACCUGCGGAAUAGCUGCCUCUUCCUGCAAAGUGACAUCAGUAUAGCACUGGACCCUCUCUACCCAUCUCGCUGCUCCUGGGAGACAUUUGGCUAUGCCACCAGCACCACUAUGACUCAUGUCUCUGAUGAGCUCACCCCUCUGCAGCUCUCAGGGCAACUCAACAGCCUGCCUUGCUCCAUGUCCUUCCGCCAAGAGGAGAGUACCAGCAUCAUCAGGCUCAUAGAACAGGCCAGGCAUGCAACCUAUGGGAUCCGCAAGUGUUUCCUCUUCCUGCUGCAGUGCCAGCUGACCUUGGUUGUCAUUCAGUUCCUCUCCUGCCUGGUGCAGCUGCCCCCCAUCCUCAGUACCACAGACAUCGUGUGGCUCUCCUGUUUCUGCUACCCACUGCUCAGCAUCUCCCUCCUGGGCAAGCCUCCCCACAGCUCCAUCAUGACCAUGGCAACAGGAAAAAACUUGACUUCCAUUCCUAAAAAGACUCAGCACUACUUCCUGUUCUGCUUCCUGCUGAAAUUCAGCCUGACCAUCUGCUCCUGCCUCAUCUGCUUCGGGUUCACCCUGCAUGAGUCCUGCAGAGGGGUGAACACUACCAGCCUCAAUCUCACAGCCUGCUCCUCCAUCAUGCUGCACAGCAAUGCUGAUGGUGCUCCUGACUGGUUUGGGACAUUUUCCAAUGCUCUUCUUGUAGCCCAGAAGCUCACAGCUGGUCUGGUUGUCUUACACACAGUGUUCAUAUCCAUCACCCACGUCCAUCGCACCAAGCCAUUGUGGAAGAAGAGCCCCCUCUCCAACCGGUGGUGGACGCUCACUGUGGCUGUUGUAUUGCUGGGGCAAGUGGCACAGACUGUGCUGGACCUGAAACUCUGGGAAAACCUCAGUUCUUCACUGACCUUUAACCACGUCUCCAUUUCACCAGUCUCAUGGCUCCUGGGUUUUCUUUCCUUGGUCCUUGUGGUUAUCAUCAACGAGAUUGUCAAGCUGCAUGAAAUCAGGGUCCGGGUCCGUUACCAGAAGAGGCAGAAGUUGCAGUUUGAAACAAAGCUGGGGAUGAAUUCUCCAUUUUAACCACUCUGAGCUCGAGUUCCCUGGAGCCAGGGCCACACAGCCACAGCCUGCACUGAGAGUGGCUGCUCCAAAGGCUCGGGGAGCUUUGGCUCACACAUGCAAACCAGACAGCUCCCUGCAAAACUACAUCAGCACCUUCCAGGGGCCCCAGACAGGGCACUGCUAGCAGGAUCCCCCAGGUAUGCAGCCCUUCGCCAGCCUGCUUGGGCACUCCCAAGGGAGCCUGCAAGCUCCAGUGGCUGUUAAGGCUGCUCUUCCUUUAUUUAUUUAUUACUAGAGGUUUCUGUUAGUAGCAUGGUGAUGCUGAAAUGAAGUGACUCCUUCCUUCUGUGUGAGCAGAUGGGUUUCUUGGAGCUGGCAGGGGAAGCUGGGGCCAGCAUAGGGCUGCUGAAGCAAGAGAUCCCUAUUGAAACCCAUUUUGGUUUUCCAUCUCUGAGUGCUCUCCUGGAUGAUGUGUAUGCAUGUCCUCACCCACCUCCCUGUGUCCUGGGGCAAAGGAGCCCUCUCUCUUGCAGCUCCAGGAGCGCUGGGUGCCAGGUGAGGACUGGAGCUCACAUUCCCAACGGGACACCGGGAAGGGUCUCUGGCGGGGUGUUGGGAAAGCCUCUGGCAUGGCCAGGCUGUGCCAGGCCUGCCCUCUAGCGUUGUUGCUGUAGCCGUAUGCCGGCUGUUGAGUCCUUCAAGGCAGGGCUGUAAGAAAAGCUGUCCACAUUUGACCCUAGUGAUCUGGUGCAGAGGGAGGCUGUGAGGGCAGCUCUGCCUGCCUGCAGGGGGUCAGGAUGGCUCAGCUUCCUCCAGCCCUGUUGAACGAGCUCUUAUCUGCUUUAGCAAGCCCCAGAGCGGUUUAUGACCAUCAUCCUCCUUGUGAUUCACAGUGCUGGUUUGCUUCAGUAAAAUGCCUGCUUGAGAAGGCCAUAGCUAGAGAGAAAACCUGAGCCCUGCCUAUGCUGCCAUGGAGGGAGGGGGAUGUCUGUCCAGGCAGCAUAUCUGCAUCCUGCAGUUGUGGCUAACAUGGAGCUGGGGGACACCUUCUUUCCCAGUUCGGGCAUUGUGCUGCAUCCCAUACUUGCUCUUCAAGGCACAGGGAAACAUUCCCUCAUCAUAUCUGUGACAGAGCCCUCAGACCCAUUCUCUGUUUUGCUGGAGGUCUGUUCUUCAUUUCACUGGCAGAAGCCUCUUCCUGAGGGCUGCUGCAAACUGUGGUUUGACCCAGCACAGCACACAUGCUCUUGAACUCUGGACAGACCCCAGUUAUACUGGGAACACUGGUGCCAUUGUGGGUUGACAGUUGAGGGCCACACAGGAGCACACAGAUUUGGCCACCAGACUUGUUUCAGCCCAUGGAGAUACUGACUCUCUUCCUAGUGCUAAAAACUAUCUAAAGCUGGUAGAUCCUGGCACUGGUUUUGCUCCCACUAUUAACACUACAGUCUAGAGCUGAUACUUCUCCUUUGGCUAACAAAUGGCUGCUGGUUCUUCCCUGGCAGGCAGGGAGCUGACUGGGAUCCCCCAUGCUCUGCCCUGCUGCUCCACUUUGUCUUCCUUACAUUUCAGCAUAACCAGAGAGCAUGCACACUACUGUGUGUCUCUAAGCAAUACCCUUCUCCUUGCUGUGGGUCUGGUAGGAGAGCAGAGGGGGGUACGGCCAGCCUCUGAGCUGUGGGGACAUGGAGGAUGCUGGAGGGGGUUGUUGGGGUGGUGAGAGGCUUGGACCCUGUUUGUGUGGCUGGAGAGAGGAUGUUUAGGUUCCAUGCUGCGGUCCUGCAGUGCAGCAGCACCAGGGCCCCCCUGCUUGCAGAGGGGGUCUGCUCAGCUUUGCCAGCCAGGCACUUCACUCCUCUGGGGCUUGCAGAGCUCCUGGCUCAGGGAGAACAAGCUGCAUCGUUCUCAGGCUCACUGAGCUCACCGAAUGCCAGCUCCAGAUCUGCUACCCUGGCACCUGAGAGAUCAGCUUUGCUCCCCUAUGCCAGGCUCAGCUCAGAUACCAUCUCCUGUAUGGCCAGGCUGAGCUGGAGUCAGAGCCACCACCAAGCUGCUCCCUGCAGAACAACCUUCCCCUCCAACCCUUAGCUCUUGCCCUGUGCCACUGUUGUAGGUGAUAACAGGCAGCAGAUAGCGGUGCUUCCUCCUGCCUACACCUUCCUCUAGGGGAGGCACCUCCAUGGUUUUCCUCUGUGGGUGAUCACAAAUGUUCUCCUGCACCCUCCUUCCUGCCUGUUAGACUUGGAGGGAGCCAUGGCCUGUGAAUGAAGCCUUUUGGAUGCAAUUGCCAAUGCCCCCCUUCCCUCUGCCACUGAGGUACCCGAGGGUCAGAGUACUCGGCUUCAGAAAGAAGUUUCCUACAUCAAAAUGUUUUUAAAUGGUGUAUAUUUUAUAUUAAAAUUUUUGGGAUGUAUGUACAAAUA